AUGGACUUGGCAGUUGAUAUCACUUCUUGUUGUCGUGUACGAGUGCUCUUGGUCCCUGUUUCACCCAUAAAGAAGUCGUCUUUUUGGCGUCAUGUUGAACUUGUAAAGAAGUUUAGUCUAGUUCGCCUUGGUGAUGUGACACCUGAUCUUCAGAAAGGUGCCAAUGCCAAGUUUAGUAGCCAAGUAUUUCAAGAAGGUCAUAUGCAUUUCCAAUUUGUUACCAAGUACAACAGAGAUCAUAGUCAUCUCGAAGACUUUCAGCCUCACAGACGUAUCUUUGGAGUUAUUGGUAUCAUGGAUUGUCAAGAAUGGAAAGACAAGGACCUUAGUGAAGGAUAUCAAAAGUUUGUUGAUAUGCUUGUUCAGUAUCCUACAGCCAUAGCCACUCGAUGCUUUGCUUUUGACCCAACAGAGAAUCAGCCUGAUGACACAAAGGGAUUGAUCAUGAUUCCGAAUGUAGGCAACAUGUCUUUUUAUAUGAGCACCAUGAUUUGUGAUUUUGCCAGCGAAAUACUCAACCAGUUUGCCAACAUUGCCGAACGCAUAGAGAGCUUGAAAGCUUUAGAAUCACCUAUUCCCAUGGGAUCCUUUUCAAAGAAAUAUGAUAUGCCCAAUGGCCGUAUCCACCCUCAACCUUCCACAAGCACACCUAGCGGCAAAUCACAGGGUCAGCAAAACAAUCGCGCUUCACAACCCGUACCCACAUCUUCCAUUUCCUCUUCCUUUUUGAAACGAGCAUCCAGUGCAGCAGGCACGGGUAGACAAAAUAUUUCAGCCUCCCCUCCAAGCCCUCGUCCGUCCCUGUCGAGAUCGACAACCUUUAGCAACCUAGUGCUUGGCGGCGAGUCAGGAAAGACAGUUCAGAGAACACCAGGGAGAAUCAAGAAGCUGUUGGCAGACUUUUACUUGCUCGCUGGACGAUUACCUGAUGCGAUUCAAUUUUACAAUGAAGCCAUCGAUAUGACCAAAGAUCAUUCUGAUUAUUUAUGGCUUGCUAGUGCAAAAGAAGGUUUAGCAUGUACGAUGCUCUUGAUGGCUUUUUUACAAGCAGAUGUGGGGCAUAUUAUCUCCAGAAAUGGUACAGCCACCGACCUAAAUACACCGCAGGAUACAAGCCGACCGCCACCUAUUUCAGACAAGACAGGAGUGGAGAACCAAAAGUCAGUUUUUUCAGAGAUAACAGAAAUGUACGAAGACGCUGUACAGACAUAUCUUAGAGUAAACAGUUCGACAAACAUACCAAUCCCUAGCCUCGUAUUUGCCGAGGCUUGUCUCAAGAUAUCGCGGUUUCUUACACUUGUCUUUCUGAAUAACGGCUGGAGCGAUGCAGUGCUGGCAAAGGUAGUAUAUGCAGAUAUGACAGAUCUCAAGAAUCAGCGAAAUGACAGGUUCUUGACAAUGUCGGAACUCGUCAAGUGCAAGAACAGCGGUAUUGCGAGAUAUUCUAUCGCUAAAUAUGUUACAAAGAUCUGGUUGGUUGAUAUAGAUGAACUCUCAAUGAUGGAUCAAGUCAAUAUUAUGACACACAUGACUUCAAUUCUGUCUGUUAUUGGAUAUCAUAGAAAAUCUGCUUGGUUUAUGUAUGAGAUGCUGAAUCGUAUGGUGCCCCUGUUGAUACAAGGACGUGCAGCAGCCGCAAGCGCUGUAAAUGGAAACAAGAAGCAUCUCGAUAAAAAUGAUGAUGGUAUUUUGGAAGUUUUGAAGAGGAUAUGUGAAGUUUACGGCAUUGGAGAGAGUAAUGUACACGAUGGAGGUGCUCUAGAAAUAUUACAAAACAAAGUCAACGAAACAUAUCAGCGACAACAAGAAACUUCUGCAAAGAAAGUGAACACGUUAGGCUUUGGAUGGCCUGCACUUCAAAUAGACAUACUGCGGGAAUGUAUUGUGAUAUCUGAAGCAAUCCAAGACCAUGCGUCUAUGCUGUACUACACAACCGUUUUGCUAAAAAACUUGUACCAAUACAUCUCCAAAGACGAGCAGAUUAGAUUGGCUUCCUCUAUUCAGCGUAUUGUGAAUAUUAGUAAACGAUCUGGUCAAAUGGACAAUAAUGUGAACUAUUGGGGAUUUAACAUUGUCAAGUCGAUUGAGCCUAUUCAGCCUAUACCCCGUAAGGCGAUCUAUCAACACCCUGUACUUAUUGCAAAGGCUUUAGCUGCUUCCAAGGAGGGAAGAAUCAAUUCAGGAGAUCCAUUUAUUUACAACCCUUUUGCAAAAAAGAAGGAUGACAAGCCGCAGAUUAACCUGAUCAAGGAUGAAGUAUGUGAAUUCAAGGUGACUUUAUCUAAUCCUUUUGGAUUUGAUCUUGAAUUAAGUAACAUUGUUUUAAGUACAUCUGGAGUUGAUUUUUCACCUGUUCCAGCUGCUGCAACUAUUCCAGCAAAUGAUACCUUGACCAUCAGGUUAAUGGGUACACCUGUAGAAACCGGAUUGUUGACGAUCAAAGGAUGUGUGAUUAAAAUAACAGGUUUUGCGGAACAAGAGUUUCUUUAUGAAAAACAAAAGGUUGAGCAAGUAAAACAAAGGGAACACAAGACACUAAGGCCAGCUGAAUCCAAAGGAUACAAAUACAGUGGAUUGCAAGCGCUCUAUAAGACACUUACUCCAGAAUUGGACCUUAAUCAUGACACACCACAGGAAAUUGAGUAUCAGCAGAUCAAUGUGAUCGAAGAUCAACCAUUACUAAAAAUAAAAUCAAGCUCGCUAUUGCACGGAGCAGUCAUGCUGUUUGAAGGAGAAAUGACGCGUAUCUAUAUACAAAUUGAAAACAUUGGACACAUCCCUGUCGACUUUAUCACUUUAUCAUUUACGGAUUCAACUACAACACACCCCAAACUGGUCAAUCCUGAGCUUCCUCCUGAAGAGCAAUAUGAGAUUGAACUUUAUACAAAAGGAACACCUGUAUUCUCUUGGGAAGGUUCAAAGGGCGAGAAUAACCAGAUUGGUAAAAGGAUUUCUCUACUUCCUAAAGAGACAACGGAUAUAGUGGUUAAUGUCUACGGGAAACAGGGAUGUACUGGUGGUGCUGUAUACAUUGACUAUGGUUACCUCGACAGAGCAAUGCAAGGGCAAGACCAGGUAGAACAGAGCAAAGAGUUACCUACAACACUGUACACUAGACAGUUGUAUUUCCCAGUAAUGAUUACGGUCUACCAGCAUUUGGAACCAUUGAACUGGGAUGUGCUUUACCUUCGAGAUAGCAUGGCAGUGAAUGAAGAUGCUGUAGAACAAGCGCUGAAAAAAAUCAAUACACUUGACAGCUCUGAUUCAGUAUCGUAUAAUCAGCCAGUUGAAGAACUUGUGCUUAUCACACAAAAGGCGUCUGACAAAAACGACAAGAACCCUUACUGCUUGCUUACACUGGAUGUUCGCAAUGCCUGGACUGUCCCCUUUGACGUAGAGUUCACAAUAGACAACAGUGAACUUGGCUCAGAAGAUAUGUCCGAGGGUGAAAUAUUGAAAUCACGCAUAACUAUUCAACCAGCGCUGACAAAGAGAAUUGUCCUGCCACUGAAGAAGCUGUACCUAACUUCUGAGCAAAGACUCCAGCCUAUACCAAGCUUUGAACCCAACAAACAAUUCGUAGUAUCUCAGAGACCCAAGAUGGCACCAGAGCAAGAAAGAGCUAAGCUACAGAUGUUUUGGUACCGAGAACUCCUUUUGGAUCGAGUCAAGGCUACAUGGCGAUGCAAAACGACAGGACGCGAGGGUGUCAUUAAUUUACGAUCAUCACUACGUCUGAUACCACUUCAAUUGAACAUACUUAAAAAACAAGAUAUUGAAUUCAUCAUAACCAUGUCUGGCGGAGAACAGCACUGUACGGGUCAUCGUCAAUUUGAAUGUCCAGUGAACACGUUUGUGACGAUGAAUGUAACCAUCCUGAACAGACAAGUUCGCCCUGUAAAAUUGAUUUUACGAGUCCAAGCAGUGCAGAGUUAUAAUGACGGAGCCAAGGAGUAUGACCUGACAGAAAAAAUGCUGAUGCAAGGUGUCUCUCAACUUGUCCUGCCAGAGAUACCAUCGAAUGAAGAGAUUGUUCACAACAUACCGCUCUGUUUCUUAUCAAUAGGCAAAUUUGAAUUCCUUUAUCAUGUGGAAGAUGUUCACACGCGUGAGAUUCAUUAUGACUACGACUGGGCAUUUGUAAAUGUAAUUGAAAACAAUAAGAAUGUUAAAAUUAAAGGAAGAGGAAACCAAGAAGAAGGAGGCAUACUUAAACGCUUAGGAGGAAGAGCAAAUGAAAUGAUGGAUGUUAUUUCCGAACCUGUUCGAUCUGUUGAGGGAUGGAUCAUUAUUGUUCGUGGACUACACGAAGAAACAGACGAAGAUUCUUUAGUAGAUAAAUUUAGAGAAUAUGGUGAUGUCAAAACAGUGCAUCUCAACUUGGACAGACGUACAGGUUAUGUCAAGGGAUACGCGUUUAUUGAAUACGAGUCACGUAGAGAAGCAGAAGCAGCUGUCGAGCAAGCGAACGGCUCGAGAUAUUUGGGAGAGACAAUUAAAGUAGACUAUGCCUUUGUUAAGGGGCCUUCGCAUGAUGAUCGUUCUAGAAGGGAUCGUAGACGAGACAGAAGCUUGAGUCCCAAUAGACGUUAA